AAUAAAAAAUCAUCACAAUCUACGGUGUCGAAUAAAAAAAAGAAGAGAAAUAAAGUCAAAACUAUUGACAACGAAAAAUUAUUUCAACAACCGAUUGUUGAAUCUGAACGAAUUGAAGAAAAUGAAUCUUCAAGUAUUAUAAAUAAUAAAUUAGAACCAUUUAUAGUUGUAGAAGCGAACAAAGAAAUUCAACCGAUCGUCGAAAACAAUUUCAUUGCAACUAAUGGAAAAUUACCACAAUCAAUUACUGAAGACUUACCACAAUCCGUAAUCUCAAACGGAACAACAAAAACAUCUGUUGAAAAUAAUUCUCCGAUCGUUGCAAAUAAAAACUUAGAAAAAUCUACAAUUAUAACAUCAUCACAACCUAUUACCUCGAAUGAUGAAGUUAAUAAAUCUACACCAAUAAAUAAAAAGACAGCUGCUACUACAACUACUAAAAAAGUAGUACAAACUGCAUCAUCUAAUAAAGAAAAUCAACAUUUUAUUACUUCAAAUAAACAAUUAGUACAACCUACAAUUGUAGUUAAAGAACCAGAACAACGUAAAUCUAUAACUGAACAAACUGUUUCAGCAACAUCAAAAGGUAAUACAUGUUCGGAUAUUAUUAAUAUACAAUCAGUAAAAGUAAAUCAUGAAUCAUCACAAACUGCAAAUUCACUUAAGAAACCAGAACAUUCUACAGUAUCAAUUGAAAAACCUAAACAAACUGUUAUAAUACCUGAGGUAACUGAACAAAUUUCUUGCACAAAUACAAAUAAAAAAUCAGAACAAACUGAAGUAUCACUUGAGAAACAAGAUCAACCAAUUACUCUAAUCGAAGAACCACGUGCAUCAACAAUAUCGAAUAAUGAAACGAAAAAAUCUUCAUCUAAAAAUAAAAAAUCACGACGAUCAAAUACUAAAAAAGGAAAAUCAGCACAAGUAGUGCCAAUUAAUAAUACUGAACCUAUUCUACAAGAUGAAGAAGAAAAUAUUGAAUCAGUAUCACCUUCUGUUAAUCUAACAACUAUUGUUCAAGAACAAAUUCCUACUAAUAUUGUAACAGGAGUUGAUACUUCACCAAUAAUAAUACCUGAAAUAUCAUUGAAUGGUAAAUUAUCGAAUAAUAGUGAAAACCUUCAAAAUUCAAGUGCCUUACGAUCUCGUAAAACGAAAAAGAAAAAAACAAUAGCUACAACAACAACUACUGUCAUUGAAAAACCUUCAUUUCCUCCGAUGUCAACAUCAACAACAAUAACUAAUCGCAAUUUCUUUGUUACUAUUCAAGAAUUUCUACAUGAUAGAAGAAUUAUUGCAUCCAAAUACGUUUUCAUUCUUAUUUUUCGAAUGUUAAUUAAAGUUUUAUUAUUUAAUCAUUCAUUUCAACGUAUAACAGCCUAUCGUUGGUUAUCUAAAACUCAUAAACCUUCUCUAUUUGAACCGAAAUGGGCAUCAGUAUUUGCCCAGGCAACAACUAAUUCAUAUCUACCCUCUUUACCUGUUAAGAAUGAAAAACCAUUUGUUAUGCUUUUUCCACCACCAAAUGUAACUGGAACUCUUCAUCUAGGUCAUGCAUUAACUACAUGUAUACACGAUAGUCUUUUAAGAUGGCAUACGAUGCAACGAAAAUCAUAUGCUCGUUGUAUACCUGGUUAUGAUCAUGCUGGAAUUGCUACACAGGUUAUAGUUGAAAAACAUAUAGCUCCUCAAACACGAGAACAAAUGGGAAGAGAAAAAUUUCUUGAAGAAUGCUAUCAAUGGUCUUCAACAUAUCGUCAAACAAUUGAAACACAAUUAAAACGUCUAUGUCCAUUAUUUGAUUGGUCAAAUACUUAUUUUACUAUGGAUAAAAAUCUUAUUGAAUAUGUUCGAGAUUCAUUUUUAAGUUUAUAUAAUGAUGGUCUUAUUUAUCGUGAUCGACGUAUUGUUAAUUGGUGUUGUCAAUUACGAUCAGUUGUUAGUGAUAUUGAAGUAGAUUCAAAAGAAAUCAAUGGUCGACAAAAAAUUUCAAUACCUGGAUAUUCAAAAGAAAUUGAAUUAGGUGUACUUUAUAAUAUUGCCUAUAAAGUUAUUGAUGAACAACAACAGCAAGAUAAAGAAAUUAUUGUUAGUACAACACGACCCGAAACAAUUUUAGCUGAUACAGGUAUUGCUGUUCAUCCAUUAGAUUCUCGUUAUAUGUCAUUAAAAAAUAAGUUUGUUCAAAAUCCAUUUAAUCCUCAAGAUCGUUUACCGAUUAUAUUUGAUGAAAGUGUUGAUCAAAAUUUUGGUACUGGUGCAGUUAAAUUAACACCAGGUCAUGAUGCAUUUGAUUAUACAUUAGCAAUGAAACAUAAUCUUCCAGUUCGAACGAUGUUAAAUGAUCAAGGUCGUGUACAACUUCAUUUAGAUCAUCCAUUUUAUCAACAAUUAAAUGAUUUACAUCGUUAUGAUGCACGUGAUAAAGUACUUCGAUUACUUGAAAAUCAAGGAUUAAGAAGAGGAGAACAGGAACAACAAAAAAUGAUAAUACCUAUAUGUAGUCGAACAGGUGAUAUUAUUGAACCUAUGGUUAAAGAACAAUGGUUUCUUGAUACAACUGAAAUGUCUCGUCAAGCUUCAUCAAUUGUUGAUAAUGAUACACUUAAACUAACACCAUCAUCUACUCGUAAAGUAUGGAAAUAUUGGUUGAAUAAUAAUCGACCAUGGUGUUUAUCAAGACAACUUUGGUGGGGACAUUCAAUACCUAUGUAUCGAUGUUCAAUCAAAAAUAAACCCAAUGAAUAUCAAUGGAUUGGUGCUAAAUCACUUGAAGAAGCAACUAUCAAAGCUGCUCAAUUAUAUCUAGAUAUUUUACCUGAAGCAAUUCAUAUUGAACAAGAUCAAGAUGUACUUGAUACAUGGUUUUCAUCAGGUUUAUUACCUAUAUCUAUAUUUUAUAAUACGAAUAAACAAGAAUUUCCAACAACAUUACUCGAUACUGGUUAUGAUAUAAUGUUUUUUUGGGUUGCUCGAAUGGUUAUGCUUAGUCUUAAAUUAAUUAAUCAGGUACCAUUUCAUGAAGUUCUUUUUCAUGGUUUAAUUUGUGAUCCAAAUGGUAAGAAAAUGUCAAAAUCAUUAGGUAAUAUAAUUGAUCCGAUGGAUGUUGUUAAUGGAAUAAGUCUUCAAUCAUUGCAAACACGUCUUGAACAAUCACAUUUAUCACGUAAUGAAAUCGAACGAUCGAAACGUAUACAAGCUAAUCAAUAUCCAUCAGGUAUUGAACCAAUUGGUUCCGAUGGCCUUCGUCUUUGUCUUUUAUCUCAUGAUAUAUAUCAACAAUCAAUACGUUUCGAUCCAACACAAUUUGAUUAUGUCGGACGUUAUUGUAAUAAAUUUUGGAAUGCUUAUAAAUAUGUAACAGAAUUUGCAUUGAUCGAUAUGAAUUUUCGUGAUGAAAAGUUUUCAAAUAUAACUUAUGAACAAAUAGAAAAAUUAAGUGAAAAUCGUCUUGUAGAUCGUUGGAUAUUAAAUGAAUUAAAUAAAACAAUAGGAAAAGUGAAUGAUUGUUUAAAUAAUUAUACAUUUCAUUUAGCUAUUGUUCGUUUACGUGAUUCAUUUCUAAAAGAUUUUUGUGAUUUUUAUAUUGAAUUUAGUAAAAUUCCUAUUAAACAACAAUCAAAUGAAAAUAUUAAAUCAAAUGUUCAGAUAUUACUCUAUUAUUUACUUAAACAAUAUCUUAUUCUUUAUCAUCCAUUUUUACCAGCUAUGACUGAAGAAUUAUGGCAAGAUUUAACACAAGGAAAACAAGGUUAUCUUAUUCAUCAAUUAUAUCCAACAAUGAAACAUAUUGAAAAUAUCAAUCCUAUGGAUUCUCAAGUAAUACAAAUAAUUCGUUUAAUCUUGAAAAAUUCGACAUAUUUUAAACAAAUGCUUCGUUUAUCACGUGAUUCUGAUAUAAUUAUUUAUUUUAAUAAUCAAAAUCAUGAGGAUUUAUCAACACAUAUUGAAAAUUAUCUUACAGAAAUUCGUACAAUAACUCGGUUGAAUAAUAUUCAUGUUGUAUGCUCAUCAUCGAAUAAUUCUCUUGAUAAAUCAAAAUUUUCAUUUCACGAUUAUAUUACGGAUAAUGUUGAACUGAUAUUUAACUUAAAUGAUGAUAAACAAACAAAAGAAUUGGUUGAAAAACAUGAAGAACGAUUAAGUAAACAAGUUGAUAAAUUACAGGAUGAUCUUGGUGUUAAUGAAACUGCGACAAAAUUUUAUCAAGAAAAUAAUGAUGAAGAAAAUAUUGAACGUGAAAAAAAUCGACGUGAAAUUAUUAUGGAAGAUAUGAAAUUAACACAACGAAGACAUGAAAGAUUUGUUGAAUUAGCUCAAAAAAGAACUGUUAUUGAAAAGAAGAAUAAAAAAGAAAAAAGAUCUUAG